AUGAGAGAUGAUAUUGCCCUUGACCUUACCACACAGCCGGAAGCCGGACCGGUCUCGACCUCGCUUUCUUUGGCGAGAUUAGAACAGUUUUGGCAUUUCGUCAAAAAAAGUAGGCGAAGUGUCAAAAAUUCAUCGAUUUGGGCCAUAAAUUUGGCCAAUUGUUUUUCUUUUCCCUCUUUCUGAACAAAGAACACUCUUCGACGCUUGUCGUUGUAAUAACUACUUGUUUUUUUUUCAGGAGCCCCGAAGACCAACUGUUUUGCUAUUUCUCUAAUGAUCUCUUUUCCGAGCCCGCUCUCUCGCUGAAGCCGAUCGGAAGAAGAAUAUUCCGUUCGCUCAUACCUGUUCCAAGUGAGUUUUUCGCUUUGUGUGCCCAAGUUUAGGUAAUUUAACACUUGUUUGGCGAUCGCGUAUCAAUUGUUGUAUUGUGAUAGGUGUUUUUUGCGAAUUUCUUUUUUCUGCUUGAAUUUUUAUAAUGGUUUAUGGUUUGAACGCAUCGGGAACAAACUAAAAUUGUUUUUUACAACAAGAAAUAUUUCAUAAACGUUGGGUAAUAGUAUGAAAACAUAGAUUUUUUUUGCAAAACAAGCUUAGAUAUCGAGUUUUUUGUGUUCCUCAAAGAAUUCUCUAAAAUUUGGGUAAUAAAUUUUGAUAUUUCAGCUUACAAUGUCCUGAGUGUCAACAAGAAUCAUAUUUCAAGCUUCAGUAUUAUCAAUUCUCAGCGAUGGAAACAAUCAAAUACUAUUGGGCGGGUCUCAAAGACUUUUGCACUCGGGUGGUACAAUGGCGACAUCCCAUGACCGUGCCGUAUAUUCUCGCAGUAAAUGGGAUGUUCUGGUAAGAUUUUGAGAGCAAUUUUCUUUGUUAUGUCUUUAGGUUUUUGGUUCGAAACAACAAAAAUUAAUUUGGACAUCUAAUCUUGAUGGAUAAUAAAGUUUUGCCCCAUAAGAUUGUUGAUUUCACUUUUUAUUAAUGCGUAUUUUACAUUCAGGGCCACUGUCUUCUACGCUGAUCAGGAAAUUCAAAUGAGGGUGCUUGCUGGACUAGCGAUAGCGCUCUUUUCGACGGAUUUACUUUUUUCACCAACUGGAGAAAAAAGUGUUAUUGUACAGCUUCUCAUGUGGCCCGUGAAGGAUCUGUGGAAUGUAAGACAAUAUUUCCUAGCCAAAUACGACUCAAAUUUUUGUAAAUUACCUAUUUUUUAGACAACGGCAGUUGUGCUUUGUGCUUACGGAAUCCAACAACUGAUGGAGGAAAAACAGGAAGAAAGAGCUCUGUGGGCGGCGAUUGGAGCCGGUAAGUCUGGUUUUAAGCUAAUCAGAAGAUCUAUAGAACUCUUAUUGACUAAAUAAUAGUCAAAUUUUAGUAAAAAAAAUAUUUUUUUACUAAAAUUCGACUCAUUUUAUCCAUGAUGGAUAAUAAAAAAAGUCUGGAUUUUGCCUCUAAAAUUUUUCCAUUUUCAGUGUCAUGCACUCUAAUUUCACCAGUCUACUACUAUCAUGACGUAAAUGGCAAGAUCGGGUCGGGUUUCCGGAACUUGGGCGCCGGCAUCAAAAAAGUCCUGCAUUUCCUGAUAAUUCGCCCCGUUCUCUUCGUCUACGACGCGCUCAAAUACAUCCUCCUGCUCAAAUGGAUGCCUGGUAAGCUGUGUAAUGCUCUGGGACACGGGAAACAAAAAAUAAGAAAAUGAAAAUUCACCGUUUGAGUCAUUAAAAUCAGGAAAGAACGGUCCAAAACGGAACGUUCACGGUUCGAAUCCCUCAAAACACUGGGUAAUUGGGAGCGUAUGUUCGGUUUUAUUGCGGAAAUGCGACUUUCAGGUUGAGGUGGGCAUUGUUUUGAGGAAAGUUGGGGAAAUUUUUAGGGCCCUGGUCAUGUGUAAUAUAAAUUUUUGGUGUCUAAAGAAAUUUGUGGUGUAGGAUUUGAACUGUUGAGCUUGAUGUAGAAUUUGGUGGUAAUUUCAGUUGAUUAUAGAUUUUUUUUUCGAUUUCUAAGGAACUUUUUAUAUUAUAGUAGGUCAUCAUUCCUUAAAAAUGUAUGUGGAUGAAUUUUUAAGCGAGCUUACCCCUUUGUAUAAAGUUUUUAUAUCCUUUCAGGACUAAAGAAACGAAUGUCGGCGCUCGGUUCAUACAUUUACAACACUUUGGACUACUAUCUACUACAAUAUAUUAGAGCUGCAGGUCGCCGAAUCCAUGCAUCUUUUGUGUAUUGGUGCUACUUCCAUUGGUGGACGGACCUCAAGGCGGUCUUAAAAGUGUGGAUUGGAGAUCCGGCGGUUCAGAAAUUGCGGAGAAUCAGAGAAAAGUUUAUCUACGUGUUUGGUGGAUAUUGGCUGGCUCCGCUGGCAAAAUAUUGUGGAAAGUAGGUUGUGAUUUUAUUGUAUAGAGCAGUAUUAGUUGUGAUUUGGCAGUGGACGUCUUGAAAUUAUGUUUGAAAUGACGAAAACACUUGAAAAUCGUCAAAAAUUAGUCAAGAAACACUGUUUACACAGGAUUUUGUGUUUGUUAUGGGCGAAAAAGUAGUUGAAACGUUUAAAAAAUGACUUUGAAAGGUCUGAAGAGUAGUCAAUUGUAUCCCUGAACUUUUAGUGUCGCCCUGGACGCGCUGAAAUACAUGGCGGCCGUCGGAAAUCAAUGCGCAAUAGCCAUCGGGAAUUCCGUGAUUUAUCCGUUGCUGGUUCUGGUUUACGAUCAGUUGAAAGUUGCCACAAUUUACACCUAUGACAUCGUGGGAAGGCCUGUGGUCGACGCUCUGAUCAAGAAAUAUAAUAUCGCCGAGGAUUUCGCCUUCAUUUAUGUCCUCGGACCAACUGCAAAUGUGGUGAUUAAUUCGGUACCGGAGAAGAAUCCGUUCUGUGGUGAGUGGAGUUGGGGAUUUUUUGGAUUUUAGAAGGAUUUAGGGUAAAAUACGGAUUUUUUUUGUUUUAUUACCUAAAAUACAAUUUUUCAAAUUUGUAAUUUUUUUUUUUUUUUUUUUUUUUUUUUUUUUUUUUGAGAGGAGAGUGGUUAAAGAAAUUUAUUUUAAGAAUGAAAAAAGGCGGAUUAUCGAAUUAAAAGUUUUUUAAUUGCCUAAAAAUCAGUAUUUUAGACUGAAAAUAAAAAUUUUUGAUACCUAAAUUUUGACAAUUUCCAGAGUUUUUAUUGAAUUUUACUUUUGUUUUUAACCCUUGUUUUAGAUGACACCGACGAAGACCUCAAAGAAUUCAUCCCCAACGCCGCGGAAUCAGAAUUUGAAGACGAGCAAGAGGACUCGGAUUCGGAUGAAAGCCUCCCACCAAUCGAUUUGCCAGAGAAAAAGAAGGAUCUUAACAUAUCCAAGGCCACUACAGACGAUCUAGGUAGGGUUAUUACGAAUUAUUUUUUGUGUUUUUGUUCCAUUUUGUAAAGUUUUUGAAAAUAUUUUAAUUUUGUUUUACCUUUAGAUGACGACAGUUUCCUGGUCAACCGAUUAAAUCGUGAACUCUCCCUCUCCGACAGCAGCGACGAGGAAUUCCUUCUAUUUCAGCGUAAGGAACGCCCUCGUCGACGGAGGAAAGUCCAAUGA